AUGUCGUUUUUGAACUCUUUAAAAGGAUUUGGUAGAAGCAGCAAAAAGAACAAGGCACUAAAUAGCCAACAAGGACCGCCAACAACUAAUGGAUUCUAUGCUAGCUCACAGCAUUCGUCUUCGAAGGCGUCACUGAGACGGACUCAGUCACCCUCCAGACUAUCGAUGCUUUCUUCGAGUCAUCAGCCUUCUCAACAAUCAACUAACAGCGUUGGAAAUUCCGAUUCACAAGAAGUAAUGUUUCUAAGCGAACCCUUUGUAAGGACGGCAUUAGUCAAAGGGUCUUACAAAACGAUUGUACAGCUUCCAAAAUACGUCGAUCUUGGCGAAUGGAUUGCCCUUAACGUUUUCGAGUUUUAUACGAACUUGAAUCAGUUUUAUGGUGUAAUUGCAGAAUAUGUCACUGCAGAUGCAUAUCCCACCAUGAAUGCAGGACCGCGAACCGACUAUUUGUGGCUUGAUGCCAAUAAUCGUCAAAUAUCACUUCCAGCAGGACAAUAUAUCGAUCUUGCAUUAACGUGGAUUAAUAAUAAAGUAAACGAUCAACAACUUUUCCCAACAAAAUCAGGGCUUCCAUUUCCUCCAAACUUUUUACGAGAUAUUCAGAGGAUCAUGAUACAAAUGUUUAGAAUAUUUGCACAUAUUUACCAUCAUCACUUUGAUAAAAUCAUUCAUCUGUCUCUAGAGGCUCAUUGGAACUCAUUUUUUGCUCAUUUCAUUAGUUUCGCAAAGGAGUUUAAUCUGAUUGACAGAAGAGAGAUGGCUCCUUUAGAGCCGUUAAUCGUGAGUUUUGAGCAGCAAGGAAAGAUUAUAUAA